AUAAUUAUUCAAAUAGUAUCACAAACACACAAAGCCGUGCCCUCAAAGAAAUAUACACGACCACGACUUUUCUCUUAUCCCCCCCUCUCUUUAAAUAAACUUCAUUUUGUUCUCUUCAAAACUUUUUCUAACCAAACCGGAUUAAACCGGAAAAGCAGCCAUGUUCAUUAAGCUCAAGCUCUUCUUCUUCUUCUUCCUUCUCUGUCAAAUUCUGAGAUCUUCUUCUCAAAACUUCAUCUACAAUGGCUUUCAUCCUCCAUUAACAGGCAUCUCACUACAAGGUCUCGCCACUGUCACUCCCAACGGUCUCUUGAAACUAACCAACACAUCGGUUCAAAAAACCGGUCACGCCUUCUAUACCGAAAAGAUCCGGUUCAAAGAUUCCCAAAACGGCAACGUUUCGUCGUCCUUCUCCACAACCUUCGUCUUCGCGAUACACUCUCAGAUCCCAACGCUAAGCGGCCAUGGAAUCGCCUUCGUCGUAGCUCCGACGCUAGGUCUUCCUUCCGCACUUCCUAGUCAAUACAUCGGUCUAUUCAACAUCUCCAACAAUGGCAACGACACGAAUCAUAUCUUCGCCGUCGAGUUCGAUACUAUCCAGAGCAACGAGUUCGGAGAUCCAAACGAUAACCACGUCGGAAUCGAUAUCAACGGUUUGCGAUCGGCGAAUUACUCUACGGCUGGGUACUGGGAUGGUCACGACGAGUUUCGGAAUCUGAGUUUGAUUAGUCGCAAACGGAUCCAGGUUUGGAUCGAUUACGAUCAUCUUACUCAUCGAAUCGAUGUCACCAUGGCUCCCUUCGAUUCCCAUAAACCUAAGAGACCUCUUGUUUCGUAUGUGAGAGAUCUAUCUUCGAUUCUUCUUGAAGAGAUGUAUGUAGGUUUCUCAUCAGCGACUGGCUCAGUUCUCUCCGAGCAUUUCGUACUCGGUUGGAGUUUCUCGUUAAACGGUGUCGCUCCGAUGCUUUCGCUAUCGAAACUCCCGAAGCUUCCUCGAUUCGAGCCGAAACGAAUCUCUGAGUUUUACAAAAUCGGUAUGCCUUUGAUUUCACUAACUCUGAUCUUCUCAAUCAUCUUCCUCGCGUUCUAUAUCGUGAGGAGGAGGAAGAAGUACGAGGAAGAGCUUGAUGAUUGGGAGACAGAGUUUGGGAAGAACAGAUUCAGAUUCAAGGAGCUGUAUCACGCGACGAAAGGGUUUAAGGAGAAGGAUCUUCUCGGAUCCGGUGGAUUCGGGAGAGUUUACAGAGGGAUUUUACCUACGACGAAGCUUGAAGUCGCUGUGAAGAGAGUCUCACAUGAUUCAAAACAAGGUAUGAAAGAGUUUGUGGCGGAGAUUGUGAGUAUUGGUCGGAUGAGUCACCGGAAUUUAGUUCCUCUUUUGGGGUACUGUCGCCGGAGAGGAGAGCUUCUUCUGGUUUAUGAUUACAUGCCUAAUGGGAGCUUAGACAAGUAUCUUUACAACAAUCCUGAGGUAACGUUAGAUUGGAAACAAAGAUCUAAGAUUAUCAAAGGAGUUGCAUCAGGAUUGUUUUACCUCCAUGAGGAAUGGGAACAAGUUGUGAUUCACCGUGACGUGAAAGCUAGCAAUGUUUUGUUAGAUGCUGAUUUCAACGGUAGACUCGGCGAUUUCGGGUUGGCUCGGUUGUAUGAUCACGGAUCAGAUCCUCAGACUACUCACGUUGUUGGAACGUUGGGUUACUUAGCACCUGAACAUUCCAGGACUGGACGUGCCACGACCGCGACUGAUGUAUAUGCGUUUGGUGCGUUUCUUCUAGAAGUUGUUUCAGGUAGACGUCCCAUUGAGUUCCAUAGCCAAAGCGACGAUGAUACGUUCUUGCUUGUGGAAUGGGUUUUCAGUUUGUGGUUGAGAGGAAAUAUAAUGGAAGCGAAAGAUCCGAAACUCGGGUCGUCUGGUAAUGAUCUUGAAGAGGUUGAAAUGGUUUUGAAACUUGGACUGUUGUGUUCGCAUUCAGAUCCUCGUGCUAGACCGAGUAUGAGGCAAGUGUUGCAGUAUUUAAGAGGAGACAUGGCUUUGCCGGAUUUAACUCCCUUGGAUUUGUCGGCUGGGAGCAUGAUGAAUUUGGGAGGCCGAGACGGUUUUAGUGGUAUUGCGAUGACGGAUUUUUCCUCAGUGUUUAAAGGGUUUACAGGCGGAUCUUCCAUCGCUGACUCUCAACUCUCUGGUGGGAGGUGAUGAUUGAUGCUCCAACUCUAGCAACGUUUAAUGUUAUAUAGCUUUUUUAAAAAGGUUUACUAAUGCGGAUCAUGUACAUACAUUUUUGCCUUUGUAUGGAGAUAUAUAAUUGAAUUUUUGUUGUAAGAAUUUUAUAAAAUACUAAGAUUAUGAUUGCGA